AACUUGGCGUUAAAACUGUGGUUCCGUUUUGCAAUGUCUCUUGUAUCUGCUAGUGGUACCGGUCGUUUUUGGGCACGUUCAGCUAAAAUAAUCCGUUUCGUCCGCCAUGGAUGCACUAAUCGUCCAUUCUUUCAUAUCGUAGUAAUGGAGCGCCGCAAAGAUCAGUAUCAACCAGUGAUCGAGCAAGUAGGAACUUACGAUCCGAUUCCGAAUGAACAUGACGAACAACUGGUAUCCUUUAACUACGAACGCAUCCGGCACUGGAUAGGUAGUGGUGCCCACAUUUCACACCCCGUGGCCGAACUGUUAGGUAUCGCUGGUUUAUUACCAAUUCAUCCACGUACUUAUAUGACCGCAUGGCGCAACCGGCAGCUAGGUGAGAAACUUGCCCAAGUACAGGAGGCGAAUCAGACACUGGAACAUUCUAACUCUAGUUAAAAAAACAAUACGGAAUAUUUUCAUUGUUAAUUGAGUAUUUACAAUAAAAACGCAAUCAUAGUUAACAUCAGUUAGAUGUUAG